AUGGUGGUCGCCGAAUCAUUGCUCUACCCUUCCUCGUCUUCGUGGAACUCAGCCUUCAAAUCGAGAGCUCCCCAAGACCACGGCAUUUCGACGGGAGCCUUUUCUUGGAGUGAUUCCGUGACCAACUGGAAAGCUGCCUUGGAUGAGCUCAAAGCCGACUUGAGUGCUCACCACGACGUCGUGUUCAUUGCCCGUGGGCCACUGCAGUGCUGGAUUGCGCAACUCUACCUGGAAAGCCAUCCCUUGGCGGGCCUCAUAUUGGUAGAUCCACUGCCUUUGGACGAUCGCAACGGAAUCAAUCAAUUCGAGUUAUACUACGAAAAACACUCCUUCAAACAGAGCAAAGAGUAUCAUAUUUUUCGCAGUAUCCUGGACGACACGACCAUGUCGGCCCCAAUACCGCACGCUCUGCAAUUGGAAGCCGGAGCGGUACCCAUGAUGGUGUGGCACUCCAUUCCUCGUCCAGCCUUCAAACGCGCCGCCGAUUCCACCGCCCAGCGACAUUCGAAUUCCAACGGUCCGUUUGGAAUUGUUCCGGUCUUGCAGCUCCACCUUCCCCUCGUCAAGAGCACUCCAAACGUCCUCGGUAUAAACUCUCUAGAAAACGCAAAGGGGGGUUUAGAAAUGGACAAGUACGCUCGAGAAGCAGUAGAUAUUGCCUGCUCCUGGACGAUUGAUCAGGUUCUAUAA